GUCAUUUUGUCAUGUGAUUACUUUCUCGUUGUUAUCGUGGUCACUGUUUAAUAAGAAUUGUAGUUGUCUGCUGAUAUAUUUUUCGGUUUAAAAAUGAUCGCAGGGAAAGCUAAUGAAAUGUCAGAUUUUCAAGUCCUUUCGGCAAUAGUGAAAUACUGUUUAAUGAUCAUCAGUAUACCCGUACUGUCGUUUUUCCUAGUUAAAGUAAUAGUAUUUGACGGAAUUUUAAGACUAGAACCAAUACCAAGUAGCGUGUCCUCUGCCGUAGUAGCAAUAUUAGUUCUACACGUCGCUCUGGGAACUUACAUCUACAAGGCAUAUUCUGAAGCAGAAAAAGCCCCCAAGCCAACGAAAAAGGACUGAAAAUACUUAAGUUUACGUAUAAAUAUUUAUAAGUUAGCUUACACAGCAACUUGAGUGUGAGUAAUAAUUUCCCCAACAGCAUGUCAAAAGGAAAAGAUGACAAAUUGUAUAGGUAGUAAGAAUGUAUGAAACUAUUUAUUAUAAUAAUGACUAAGACAUAUUUAUGUGAUGGGAGAUAUUCUUUUGAGGAUGUUCCAUAGAGCAUUUUUUGUUAUAUUUAAUGGCAAUCACCUUCAAAAAAGGUGUGCGUCAAGCUAGCGGCCUCAAAAAAAAAAUGGGCACGAAAAAAUAAUUUGACCAUACCAAAAAAUAGUACUCUUAUUGAAAAAAAUAGUACCUGUUGUAAAAAAAAUAGUACCAUCACGGUUCUGGAUUUAUAGCCAUGUUUUUUUGCACUUGCUAGCUUGACGGUGAGCGAAAUUUGGCGAGAGUUAACGACAAGGUCUUUCGCUUUGAUUUAAACGCCAAAAAAUAGUACCGAAAUAGUACUCACCCCCUGCAAAAUACCGAAAGUAGUACUUCAACGGUUCCAAAGUUAUAAAAGCAGUUCUUUGAUCCCGCUAGCUUGACGUUUUGAAAAUACCUAUUAUCUGGGGAACGCUUGCAUACUUCAGUAUGUAACUAAUGUCAAUAAACUCGUAUGAAAUAGUACUCCCUACCAUCAUAAUUUUGAUCCGAUUCUCUUUGUAGAAAUGUUAAAAAAUCAUCAUAACCUAUGCCAUACAUUUGUUGUUGAUACAGUCACGUAGACAAUUACAUAACCUCACAAUUUAUUCGUAAGUAUUGCCAUUUUGGAGGUCUACCCUACCAUUUCUUUGCACUUCAGAGUGUUGCUAUUACAAAAAAUUCCUAUUGCAUACACCCAUAUGCACUAAUUUUAAUAGAAAAUGGCUGCAUGGGUCUAGUUCUUAUCGAAAACAAUCUGUGAUUUUAAUACAUCAUAAUACAUUUUUAAUCUGCUGUUUUAUUUUAUAAUUUAUACCUUCAUGUUGAAUUUGUUACGGAUCGAAGUGUUUGUUAAUAAACAAUUUGCAGUAUUUGUAGAAUAACUCAA